UUCCACAAGCUUUGUUUGCAACUAUACCAAUCCAGUUUGGUUACAUGAGGAAGAAUUAUUUUUUCCUUGUUCAGUAACUAGUUUUCCAAUGUCAAUGCAAAAUGGAGAAAUUAGUAUAUCACCGGAAAAUAGUGUAUGUGACGAUUCAGAAAAGUUUGAACAGUUAAAGAAUGUCAUAAAAUCAACAGUUAAUAAUGAAAUUUGUAUCGAAAAUUGUACAAUUGACAUUGAAUCUGAAUGUGAACUGGAAACCGAUGAAGAAGUUUUUAAUAUAAUUAUUCGAAGGCGAAGAAAUAUUUUUGAGGAAGUACGAACACGUACCAGAAAUAAAAAUAAAAAACACAAAAACAAAAUUUAUAUGAAAUUUCAGAUACGCGGGAAAUAUCUUAACGAAACUCAUAGUGAAUAUCAAGAUAUAAGGCUACGCAAUGGGUAUAAUAUUACUAUUCGCUACAACAAGAGACGAUACAUUUGCCCUGUGGGAUUCGUAAGAAGAAAAAAUAAAUGCAUACAAUGUCCAAAAGGAACGUUUCAAGAUAACGCAACGAAUAAAUGUCAAAGUUGCGCAUUUGGAUAUUAUAAUGACAAACUGGGACAAACGAAAUGUUUUUCGUGUCCUUCUAAUUAUUCUACAAAUAAACUUCACUCUAAAAAUUCAGCUGACUGUAAAGGUAAGUUUAUAGUUUAG